UUCCACCAGCUUGACACUUUCGGAUACUUUGGUACCAUGAGCGCCAUGGACAAGCUACGGCAGUGGCUGAAGGAAGAGUCCAAGCCAGCAGACAUCGAUGCCAAAAAUCUGUCCUUGGCACAAAAACUCUUGGAACUGAAGGAUGCCAGAAUCCAGGCCUUGCAAGAUCAGUUGUGGGCCGUGGAGGAAGAAAACAAGUUGCUGAAGGAGCAGCUGGCGUUGUUUGGCAGUCCUUUGGCAGUUCCCUCUGAGAAGAAGAGGCGUGUGCAUUUGGAUUUGUUUGAUGCGCCGUCAGCCACGCGGUCGGUGGGAAUGCGUUGGGAGCUUCUGGCACGAGGGGAGCUGCUGAAACUAAUCCUCGCUUAUCUUCGAACAACUUCGUACUUGAAGUUGCUGGCAGCAUCCAGACAGGUACAGGAGGAUUUUGCACGACAUUGGUCAUACGAACUCGACCUGACGAAUCUGAAAUCUCGAGGAGGGCUACAAUCUUUUCACAAAUUCCUAGCACUUCCCAGAUGGAAAGGUGCCAAGAUCUUGAGGAUGCCCAAAGAUGACCAACUUGGUCUUUCCUACAGGUGGCCAAACAGUAGCAUGUCUCAUAUCAUGACCUGCUUGCCCAACUUGCAAGAGCUGGACUUGCUCUCAUUCGGUUUUCUGGCUCUUGCAAAAUGGCCAGAGGCCGAUUCGACACGGGCACAUUUUGCACAAAGCUUUUCAAAGUUGUCCACCUUGAAGUUGGCCUUAGCUGAGUACAAGCAAGCCGAUAUGUUGACUUCUUUAUCAAGUUUGCGCGUCUUACAUUUGGGGCUGCCAUAUUGUCAUCCAACCUUAUUUGGCACGGGCAGCGCCAGGACGCUGUUCACAUACUUGGCUCGACUGGGAGCAUUGGAGUCGCUGAAGUUUGUUGGCCAUAGAUCUGCCAUAUCCAAAGACGGCCAUUUACUUUUUACAGAGGUCACAAAUGACAUCAAGCAGUUGCUUAUUGGCUGCAGUAGGCUGCAAAGUUUGGCCAUUGUACCAUGUGUUGGACUUUCUGAGGAGGUUUUUGGAAUUCUCAAGUCGCAUGGAAAAAACUUGCGAACGGUUGCCCUCUAUGUUUCCUCAGCUAUGACCUUACAGAGCUUGCCGCUGCUCAAUGCAUGUCCAUUGCUGCGCCAUUUGCGUUUAGCACGGGAAGGAGGCUUGGAAGAAUGCGGCUUUGUCGUGCCAAGUCUGAAGAACAUCCAAGUGACUCUCGAUCCAUUGGUGGAUCCCAACUUCUUUCACAGUGAAACUGUGCUGGAGUGAAUGUAUGCGUGAAAUUGCGUGAAUAUGUUCAAUUUGCUUCUAUGGUAGGCCGUUCCAACAUAGGUUUUGGAGUUCAGGUGCCAUUCAAGGCGGCGAUAGAGGAGGAUCCAGCCAGCUGAAAAAAGAUAUCAUUUGAG